AUGAAAUACGUGCUCGUGUCUGGCGGCGUCAUCAGCGGCGUGGGGAAGCACGUCUCGUCCAUCAAGGUCGACCCGUACCUCAAUGUCGAUGCGGGGACCAUGAACCCCAAGGAACAUGGCGAAGUCUUCGUCCUCUCCGAUGGCGGCGAGGUCGACCUCGAUCUCGGCAAUUACGAGCGCUACCUCAACAUCACCCUUACCCGUGACAACAACAUUACCACGGGCAAGAUCUACCAGCAUGUCAUUGAGCGCGAGCGCAAGGGCGACUAUCUGGGCAAGACUGUACAAGUCGUCCCUCACAUCACCGAUGCGAUCCAAGACUGGAUCGAGAAGGUUGCCCGGAUACCCGUCGACGACUCGGGUGAGGAGCCCGACGUCUGCAUCAUUGAGUUGGGAGGCACAGUGGGUGAUAUCGAGAGCAUGCCCUUCAUCGAGGCUAUGAGUCAAUUGAGGAGACGCGCGGGCAAGAACAACUUUAUGCAGAUUCACGUGUCGUACGUGCCCGUCAUUCAUGGAGAGCAGAAGACGAAACCCACACAGCAAGCUAUCAAGGCGGUUCGGAGUAACGGUCUCAUUCCUGACCUGAUUGCCUGCCGCUGCGAGUGCGAACUGGAGGCCUCGGCUGUCGAAAAAAUUGCCCACUUCUGCCAGGUAGAGACCGAGCAGGUCUUGGUCGUCAAGGAUAUGCCUUCCAUCUACCAAGUUCCCAUGUUGCUCGAGCAGCAACGGUUGAUUCCUAUGGUCCGUCAGUUCCUUGACCUGGAGAAGACGGCCAUAUCCCACGCCAUGGUACAAAAAGGCCACCACACCUGGGCUCAGUGGCAAUCACUCACAGGCCAUGACACCCGCUAUCACGACUCAGUCACAAUCGCUUUGGUCGGCAAGUACGUCGAGCUUCAAGACUCUUAUCUCUCGGUCAUCAAGUCCUUGGAGCACGCGACCAUGCGGUGCCGAAGGAAACUCGACAUCCGCUGGGUGGAUUCCGAUCACCUCGAGCCAAAAUGCCAACACUCUGAUCCGGCCAAGUUCCACAACGCGUGGCAUGAGGUUGUCAAGGCCUCUGGAAUCCUGGUGCCCGGUGGGUUUGGUCAGCGUGCCACUGAAGGCAUGAUUUCCGCGGCGAAAUGGGCACGGGAAAACAAGAAGCCCUAUCUGGGUAUCUGCCUUGGUAUGCAGAUCGCUGUGAUCGAGUAUGCGCGCAACGUCUGCGGCAUCAAGGAUGCAACAUCCGAGGAGUUUCAUGGCGACGCCGCGAACAAGCUUAUCAUGUUCAUGCCAGAAGUCGACAAAACGACCAUGGGCGCCUCGAUGCGUCUUGGUCUGCGUCCGACGCUGUUCCAACCCGGCAGUGACUGGUCACGUCUUCGUGCGCUUUACGCCGGCAAAAAUGAAAUUCUCGAGCGUCACCGUCACCGAUAUGAGGUCAACCCAGACUACAUUGAGACGCUGGAAAAGGGCGGGCUCAGCUUCGUGGGCAAAGAUGAAGCAGGCGUGCGAAUGGAGGUGAUUGAGAUCAAAGAUCACCCAUGGUUUGUCGGUGUGCAGUUCCACCCAGAGUACCUGUCUCGAGUCUUGGAUCCCAGCCGUCCUUAUCUUGGCUUCAUUGCUGCCAGCGCUGGCAUUCUGGAGAAAAUCACAAAGGACUACCAGCAUGGCGCCGUCAAUGGCGUUCCGGCCGAGGGUAUUGCAAACGGCGUGGGUGGGCUCGGGAGGAACGGUGAUGCAAGCUUCUAG